AUGUUAGCACAAAGGCCUGGUUCGAAACAAAAUUGCCUUUCCUUUGAACACCCUUUUCAUUUGAGCAAAAUACUGAAUAUAUUCAUUCCUCCAUACAUAUGCUCCAAAGCAUUUGUUGACAUGCCAUAUUCGUUUCCAGGAAAGAAUACUGCCAAAUUUAUUACCCUUCUUUAUCCCCUGAAGAGACUUAUUGAUCGAAAGAUACACAUCCGCUAUCGUUUGGGUCUAGCAGGGGAAAAUCUUAACUGUCAAUCUACCUUGGUCGCCGAAACUACUGGAGCUGGAAGUAGCUCCUCCGGCAGGCUGAUGUGUGCCUGUAAGCCUGGCUACCUGCGAAUAAGCCUUACAAAAGUCUUUGCCCACGCUAAAAACGCCACGGUCUUGGCACAAAACUCAGAGAUUUCCAGCUACACUACGAUUUAUUUCAUGUCUAUAUCGCAUAAUCACAAUAUCGCUACUCAAGCUUUAGUUGUUGCCCUGAAAUCGCCAUCUAGGGGUAAAACUGCCCAACAGGUCAUCUUAAUUACUGUAAGGCCGAGAUGGCGCUUACGUGCGACGGGUAUAUAUACUAUUCUGUACGCAAUAAUCAACUGUUGGUUGAUUAUUCGUACCUUUUUGGUUGUAUUGGCGCAGUGGUAUAGAGCUCCUAUCUACGGUCAAGCAAUUAAGCGUGGAUUUAAUCCUAACGCUGUCCCUCUUGUUAUUAAAGAUGAAUAUCUUAAAGGUGCUCACCAAUCUGGCCAUCUGAAUAUGCAGACUAGCGAGGUUCAGCAAUCUCUCACCCAGAAGGCACGCCUUGACGGAUAUGGCUCCUCACCUGACCUGUUUGGAGGUGGCAUGGCCUUACGCGGGCCUUUACUGGGUUUAGCGGAGAAAAGAGGUGCGGUGCUUCCAGGUGUACGGCCUGGUUACUGGCACUGUGUUCGAAGGGAGCUGGGGACGCUAGGUCAAACAGUUCAGCGGCUAUUCCGCUUGUUCCAGACCUUGUUUGUCCGGGCCUAUCACCUCCUCCCACUCAAGCAUAAACGGAAAUCCCCAUCAGUCCAACCGUAG